UAAAUAGUCUUGUUUUGUCCUUUAUUUCAAUGACCCCUUAUUUACAUCCGUUUAUGUUGCAUAGUUUGUUAUUUUUCCUUUUUGCACCUUUUUUUCUCCCUGUAUAGCUAAUACCAUUAGAUAGAUAGAUAGAUGUGCAUAUUUUACAUGGCUAGCCUCACAAAUAUCGAGGGAUAUACCCUGUCUAUUAUUUCCAGGAGAGGCCAUGGCGUAGAUGGAGAGUCCUAGAGUAUUUAAUGCUCAUUUUGAGCUACGCAGACCCAAUUAGAGCCCGCGCUCUACUAGACAACUCCCGGCAACAUCCAACGGCCCACACAGUGUGUCAUCUUCCCAAUUUCCCUCACAUGGCUUGGGUUAACCCGGGGCUGUGGUAACAUUCACUCGCCCAUGUUGAAUCGCCGUCAAGAGGAAUCAAACCCCUGUCUCCCGCACAGAGUACGAGAGCUAUAACCACUAAUCUACGGCGCCACAUUAAACAAUAUUUCACAGCCUCAGGACUGUAGCUAGCAGCAUAGGGUCAGUCAUCAUUAAUAUGGGAGACACUUAUGCAGAGGAUGUGUUUUUGCAUUUUUAGUUUAUUUAAGAGGGUGGUGAUGGUGGUUUAAAAUUGUCUGCAAAAUUGCAUCAUUCUAGCUCCUUAACUAGCUAUAAACCAUAGGUGGAGCUUUUUUAUAGAAUAACAAAUUAUUAAGUUGCCCCAACCUUUAUUUAAAACAAAACUUAAGUUCCUGCUACAACCCUAAGUCUUGACAGCUGUUGAUGGAGAUAAAAAGAUGUUUCGAAAAUUAUUACUAUAUCUAUACUUAAUACUAUCAAACUAACAUGGAAAAACUAACCCACUCUCUUGAUCUCUUUCCAAAAAUAGGGCAUACCCAAAAGCAUUUACAUUUUGCAAUGAAAAUUAUUAAACUGUAGAUACGCGAAAGAAAAUGUCUGCAAACAUCACCUUUUUAAUUACUAUAAAUGGGUUACUGAAAAAAAAGAAAUAACAAAUUUGACAAAUUUGACAUAAUUUCAAAUUCACCCUUGUAACUAGAUAUUUUGCACCUUAAUCACUGUGGUUGUGAAGCAACAACAAAGAUAACAACAUGCUAUAUAUAGAAGUUUAUUUCUCUUGUUUUAUGUUACUGCACUUGAGUUUUUGGUAUUGGGACCCUUAAACCAGAUGUGUGUGUGUUUCCAUCCUUACCCUUAAGACGUAUCUUGUGGAAAUGUGUGCAUCUCUUGCAAAAACCCUAAGUCACCUAAAGUAUCUCUUGUGGAAACACCUAUGUCUCUGUGGAAAUAAUAACUAAUCUGGGGUGGUGUCUCUGGUUGAAAUACCUGUGUCUCUCGUAAAAAUGAAUCUAGUGGAAAGCUUACAUCUCAGCAAAUCUUGUGAAAACACCUACUACCAACUAUUGUGUAUAUUGUGGAAACGUAACUCAUUCACUAGCGAAACAAAUGCAUCUUCACCCCAUUUGGAUGACAAUGGAAAGACAUCCAUAUCAACGCAUGUUAUCAGUGCACAAGAGGAAAAAAUUGGAAACUGCAAGCAGGCAAAUUGGAUCACCAAGAAAACUGUGAUACAAAACACUGGUAUAAGCAUGCCCGCACCUUUGAUGCCAAUUGAAUCCUCUAUCUUGUGUUGUAGAUCCUGUGUCAUUAUGGAUCGUCGUCCCUUGUAAAAGAUCCUUGGGGGUAAAUAUACUGGUUUUGUAGGUGCUUGUCUUAUGUUAAAUGAUGGCUUGAUUAUCGAAUUGAUACAUGGGUUUUAGUGAUUGUAGUUUAGUUGAAACAAUAACAGUUGUAGACAUCAAUGCCAAUACAUUAAGUGAUUAAUGCACAUACAUAAAAGAAAACAAAAUGUUGAAAAAGGUGGGUGAGAAAACCAAACUGUCAACAAUGAAUGAUAAAUAUUUGACUUUAGCUGCUUCUGGGUAAUCUGUGGGCCUGGAUCUACAAUAGUCUUAGGCUUGAUUAUCUUGAAAUUCUGGGAUAAGGAGAAUACUAGUAACCUUGUCCUGUAAACCACUUCUCACACUGGCCUACCAUUUUGUAUUUGAAAAAACAUGGGCUUCUGAAGUAUAUCCUCUCAUGAUCCCAGUAGUCAUCCCUGUUGACACUAGAGUACUGGAUGCAAUAAAAAGUCAAGCCUCUUAACAAAGUAAGUGGUUUUAAUAAAGUAUUAACAUUAUAUUGUUAGCACAAUUUUUUGCAUGGAAUUUGGUAUGUUUCAUACUGUACAUUUGUCCUAAAAGUAGUUACAAAGUUUAUGUAAUUAAAUAAUCCCGCAUUUACUAUGCAGUCAUUAUUUAUUUUUUUGACUUGACCAGCUAUUUUAAAUUCUAGGCAGUUAUGGUGACCGUUAGUUAUUUUAGACACUGAAAGCUGCAAGAAACGAAAGCAAUAUACACUUUGCAAUUUAGCAUGAGACCAUAGGUUAUGGACAAAGUUACUUCAUUUGCUUGGAAUAACCCUUUCCGUUUUCUGAUUGAUAAAAAAAAAUUGUCAGGUCAAAAAACUAUAAUGCAUCUUUAACUUUUCAUAUUCUGUCUAAACCUGAUGCAAGGAAUGUUUUAAAGAUGCAAGGGAAGAAAAAUGAGUGUGGAAGUUACUGUUAAGUUAAGACCAGUUUCCAAACUGCUGAUCCCAAAUUAAUGUCUUGUUAGACCAAUAUUUUAAGAAAUAAGUUAUGUUAGGUGUUCCCUGUAAAUGGAGAGCAUAGACACUUACUGAGCUUUAAGAAAUUUACAUGGGUGCUAAUUGGAAAGAGGUACGUAAAAGAUGUUGGGUGCUAAUUUAGAUUAUGGUACUUGAAUUAUUUCAAACUAAGCCAGACAUUUUUUGAUUUUCAAGAGAAUUUUCCUUGUCUGUUUUUUGUAAUAAUACAUGCUGAAUUUUAAUAUAUCUAAAAAUGUCCUGUAAUGUAUAUACUGAAAGUAAAAGUAAAUUAAAAUUAUUAUACCAAAUAUUUAAUAACAUUUUUAAUUUUAAUAACAUUUUUAAUUUUAAUAAAAUUUUUGUUAUUAAUGUAAUUUAAUUACUUUUAUUUUUAAUUUUAGGUGUAAAAAAUAAAUGUUACAAUCAUGCUUACAUCCAACAUUUUAAUGUAUACAUGCAUAUUGUAUUCUUUCACUAGAGGCUCAAGUGAAGCUACCAUAACUAAAUGUUAUUCAGAUAUAAAACUAAAAGAAAUCCCACGGGAUCAUUUAUACUCCAAACUUAAAAAACCUUUAGUGAUUGGUCACAUGGGGAACAUAAUAAAUUUUCAGGAGAACAGUUUGGAAGGAAUCAAGAGUUUGAUAGAUAUUAAAGCCGAUGGGGUUCAUAUGCAGGUGCAGCUUACUAAAGAUAAAAAGUUAGUUGUUUUUGGAGAUGAAAAUCUCUAUAGGAUGACUGGAGAAGAUUUUAAUGUGUUGGAUUUACCAUACAGCGAAAUAAGUAAGAUGAAUUUGCUAAAAAAUAUUGAUUAUGGUUCAGGCACAACCAAGAAUACGAAAUCAUACAAAUCAACUGCGAAAAUACCUCUUCUCGAAACAGUUUUAUCUGAGUUACAAGGGAAAAAUAUGUUGAUAUAUAUUGAGCUUGUUCCUGGCUACGCUCCUCCACGUGGUCCAUUAGAUCGAGAGGUUGCAGACAGGUUGGCCGAAAAGAUUUCUGAGCUCAUUGAAAAACUUAAAUUAGAAAAUGACGUGUUUGUUGUUUCGAGAGAUGCAUUUAAGUUGAAAUUCUUGAAUUAUUACAAUCCAAACAUUGCAAUUGGUUGGUGGCUAGAUGCAAAGAUGUUUGAUCCAUUAAAAGCAAGUGCAAUCAAGUUCGAAUAUCACGAUAUACUGGAAGUUUUUCCUCCAAACUGCUUUAAAGAUCAAUCAUCAUCGACAUUCGCUAAAUUUUUGCUGACGUCAGGUAUAGUCAGCAAGGCUGUCAAUGCGUCUUUUGUGGAUUUUUCUUUUGAUAUUUAUAACGAUGAUAAAUAUUACAAACAAACUGACAAUCUUGAAAUCAAAGACAUUAUUAAGAAAAAAUACGGACCGACUACCCUCGGUUCUUUUAGCGUUUUUUCUUGGAAUGAAUCAACUAAGAAAGCCACAAAGGAAGAGGAUGUAAAAUUUAUCAAUGCAGCGUUGAAGAAGGGUGUUACCCGAUUUAUUUCAAACGAUGUGAAUCGAGUGAAGACAGCCUUAAACGAAGUGAUCACUGUGUAUUCAACUGCAACCCUUCUGCAGAACUAUUUCAUGCAUGGUAUCAUAAUAUUGUUGUUUGGGAAAGCUGUCGUGUCUAUACUGUUUGUGUAAUAAUUACUGAAGUUAAUCAAAUUAAUUCGGUAUCUUUUUAUUGUACGUAAAAUUUUUUUUUUACUUUUUUAAUUAGCUUUUACGUAGUUGUUUGUUUACCGUUAAUUUUUUGCACUCAUUGAAUUUAUUUUCAUUGUUUUUUUUAUUAGUUUUAGAUUCAAUACACCAUAUUUUAUAUACAUAAUUUUAUAUCUGUAAAUAUUUUCUAAAUAAAUACAUUUUAAUCAUUA